AUGGACCUGACAGACAAGCAGAGAUAUGGUGUUUACUUUGCUCUGCGAGUAAUCAAGCUUAGAGAUGGACAAGUUCACCUGUAUGACAGGGUGCUCAUUGCGACUAUGCUGAAUGUUCACCUACGAAUAGUUACAAGAAUAUGGAAUCUGGCCAAAAGACAACUUGGAGCAGGCCAACAAGUUGAUGUUUCAAGCAAGAAGAAUAACAGUGGUAGGAAGAGGAAAGAACUAGAUCUGUCGAGAACAACUACAAUCCCUGUGUACAAAAGAAGAACAAUCCGUUCUCUCGCAAGGUGUUUAGGUGUUCCCCGAUCAACCCUACAUGAAAGAUUUCAGUUGCAAGAGUUGAAACGCAUCAUGAGCACCAUCAAACCCACCCUCAAGCCACAGAACAAGAUAGCGAGACUAAAGUUCUGCCUAUCCAUGAUUGAUCAAAGAUGGAUAUCAAGUCCUUGGCCUAGAUUCAAGCCAAUGAAAAAUAUCAUCCAUGUAGAUGAGAAGUGGUAUGACAUGACUAGGUUGAAGAGUAGCUACUACGUACUGCCUGGAGAAGAAGAACCAAAUCGAACUGUGCACAAUACUCAUAGCAUUGGGAAGGUAAUGUUCCUAACAGCUAUGGCCAAACCUCGCUACAAUGAAAAUGGAGAGAUGACAUUUGAUGGAAAACUUGGCAUUUGGCCGUUCGUGGUACAAACCGAGGCACAACGAACAAGCCACAACAGAGAUACGGGGACAAUAGAGUUGAGACCAGUGAUAGUUACCAGACCUGUGUGUAGAGAUUACUUGAUCAAUAAAUUAAUCCCUGCCAUUCAAGACAAAUGGACUGGCGGUGACGAGGACACAACGAUUUUCAUUCAACAAGAUAAUGUAACACCGCAUGUCCUCCCUAAUGAUGUCGGUUUUCUAGAAGCUGUGGCACAGACAGAUCUGGAUAUUCGACUAUUGCAACAACCACCGAACUGUCCUGAGCUCAAUGUGUUAGAUCUUUGUUUCCACUGCUCCCUCCAAUCCCUAACCGACUGCAGAGCACAUAUGAAUAUCCAGGAAUUGGUACAAGGUGUAGAGGAGGAGUUUAAGAACUACGAUGCCCAUAAGUUGUUCAAAAGCUUUAUGAUGUUGGAAGCAGUCAUGGUCGAAGUGAUGAAAGAUCAAGGAGGAAACAACUACAAGAUGUCGCAUCUGCAUAAGGAACGUCUACAGAAUGCUGGAGAGGAAAUAAUCGGUGUAUACUGCAGUCCUGAGCUAAUUACUGACACCAAGGCCAUUAUAGAACAAGGAAAUGAGUAG